GAGGUGGUCACAAAGGGGCAGAAGGCCGCCAAGGGCAAGGGCAAGUUUGGAAAGGGCAAGGACAAGGAAAACCCGUACUCGGAGGCGAGCGGGGACAAGCCCGCGCCCAACCCGCGCAAGCCGCCCGUCAUCCCGGAGGAGAUGGUGGUGAUGACCCAGGCGGCGAGGGCUGCCUUCGUGGCCGCGGGAG